AUGGCUGGAGUAUAUGAGGCUGAACAACCAGCCUUGCUCUGCAAGAACCUGCAAAGCAUGAAGUUCAUUCUCGCACUGGUCGCUUCUCUGGCGUUACUUGAACUGGUCUCCUCCUACACCUUCAUAGUCAGUGUAGAAACUGAUGAGGAAAGCGGAAGACCAUUUAUCACCUACGACGGCACCAAAUACUACCUUUCUGACGACGAAAGAUGCAACCGCGCAGUCUUCGUUCGUGGUGAUUGUGUAGUCAGUUUGUACCUUGGCAAAUCGGACCCCAGUGGACAUCGUUGGGGCGAUGCAAUUUGCAAGGGUCGGGCCAAUCCAAUGGACGACGAUUUCUGGAAGACUUACGUUGAAGAACGUCUGAAUGCAGCCCCUGGAUACAGUCGCAGCGAAUGCGCCUGA